CAUUUCAACUUCCAAAUUCUUUUGGUCUUCCUUUUCACAUCUUCUCUCUCAUACUUCUUUAACUACAAAAUCUACUCAUACAACUUCUUAAACCCUUCCUUAUCAUAAAACAACUCUUUUCGUAUCACUUUCACUUUGUGCUAAGAGUUUUGAUUCCAUCUUUCAGUCAUUUCUUUUGUGAAACAUCUCUAUUGGAUGCUAUAAUAUUGCGGUUAGUUUGUAACUAAAAUGGAUAGUUACGACAUGCUACGUCCGAUCAAAUACACCCAGCACAAAAACGUUACAACAAUGGUGGCUGUUAGUUCAUUAACGGCGCCCAAGUCUAAGAACCAUCGGCAACCCUCAUCCUUGCCGAAAACUGUACGGAUAUCAAUGACUGAUCCUGAUGCUACUGAUUCUUCUAGUGACGAUGAAGAAGAGCUUUUUGGACGGAGGCGGGUCAAGAAGUAUGUGAACGAGGUUAAUAUUCAAACCUCUACGGUGGUUAAAAAGGUGGGGAGAAACGGCGAGGGUAGGCUGCAGGCUAAACAGAAGGCGAUGAAGACGGCUGGUGCUCAGGCAGUGCCGGCGGGUGGUGUUAGGAAGUUCCGUGGAGUACGACAACGGCCGUGGGGUAAGUGGGCGGCGGAAAUUAGGGACCCAGCGCGACGUGUACGUUUGUGGUUGGGAACAUAUGAUACUGCUGAGGAAGCUGCCAUGGUGUACGACAAUGCAGCUAUUAAACUACGUGGUCCUGACGCUUUGACAAAUUUUGUCACGCCGCCGGCCAAAGAUAGUUCGCCGGAAAGCAAUGUUCCGUCAACCUCCGGUUAUGAAUCCGGCGACGAGUCAAACAACCUUCCUUCUCCUACUUCUGUUUUAGGGUUCGAGAGCGAGACCACUUCUAAAGAAGAACUUGAACCGGUCAAGGAACUGGAGGGUUGUUCAUCCGGGUGCUCGUCUGGUCAGGAGAUAUAUGGUUUACAAUCGGAUCAUGAUCUGCAUCCGGUCCAGGAUACUGAAUCGGGUCAUUUUGCAGAUUUGGUAUACGAUCAACUGGAAAUGGAUGUACCUUUCUUGGAUAAUCUUUUUGAUUAUCCGACCCAGGCUGACGAAGAGUCACCAUUUUUAAAAUACGGUGAUUUCGACGACAUAGAGUUACCUGCCCCGAUCCAUAUAGAAAAUGGAGCUCCAUCCUCAGAAUACAUAACGGACGAUAGUUUUGAUUCUAUACCCUUUGAUGAAGCACUUUGGGGUUCUGAUGCCAACAACAACAACAAGACGUUAUGGGAUGAAGAUUUUGGAACCUGCAAUGACAUGAUGCUAGAUGUGACAUCAUCUUCGUCAUCGAUACUUAAAGUUGAUGAUUACUUUCAAGACAUCACCGGCGACUUUCUUCCUGCUGAGGUUCUUAUGACAGGGUGUUUUUAAACAGUUUGGGUCACUUGUUUCGCCCAACAAAUUUUGUGCCGAUGACAGUUUUGCCAAACGACACUACUGUUUGUCGUAAUAGUAAUAUUACUAGCUAUAUAAAAAAAAAAAAUGUAUCUUCGGAAAAAAGAAGAUUUGAGCCAGUUAAUGUUUGAAAUAAUAAGUUGUGAUUUUGUUUAUCAGAUA